AUGUUGUGUUGUGCCAAAUAUCAAGUAGAUUGGACUUUGGACAAGUUUGGGCGUGUUAUUCCUUGUGAUUUCAUUGGUAUUGUCAAGAGUCAACAACCUGUCUACCUUAGAGAUGAAGUGGUAAAUAACCAUGAUGAACUCAUGUCAAACUUUUUUGCACAACCUGAUGCUCUUGCUUAUGGAAAGACCCCUGAACAAUUGCGAAGUGAGAAUGUUGCAUCUCAUCUUGUUCCUCACAAGACAUUUACUGGGAAUAGGCCCUCCCUUAGCCUUCUGCUUCCAUCAUUGGAUGCUUAUAGAAUUGGACAGUUGCUAGCUAUGUAUGAGCACAGAAUUGCUGUGGAAGGUUUCAUUUGGGAUGCAAUCGAUGGUAGACCUGAAACUACCUUGCAGAUAAUGAAGAAGGCAUUCCAUAUGGCUACGAAACACAAUAACCAGAAAGUUUCAAGAUAUGGAGCUUGCCGGAAUCGGGUGAGUGGCGUCGUCAUCUGUUCGAACAGAGAUGGUGAUGAGAUAAAGCAGAAGCUAAUUACACUUAGUAAAGAGUGA